AUGUCUGUAGCGAGAUCUGCGUAUCGUCAUAUUCUUAGUUUGAUCUCCAAAUCUCCCCAACGUGUCGAAGAUCUGGAUGAUAUUUGCUUUGCACUUUUUGGGAUUAUAUUAAAUCGAUCCGAUUUUGCCGUCGCCGGGUAUGGAAGUGACUUGAACGCGAUUGUGCGGAACUGCUUUCUUCGUCCCACAAUCCCCGAUGACCCGCGGGAUAGCGCUUCCUCGCGUUUGGCAAGCAGCUUUGUCGUCCUACGUAAAUUACACGAGGUCGAGAAUUCCCGUGCGUGGCAGUUAGCACGGGAACGACGCAAAGGAUUGCUAACUCGACCCAAUGGUGAAAUUACGGAUCCGGGCAGUGCCCAAAGUGUCCCCCAGGCACCUUCCGAAAUCGCAAAUACCUCACAAAAAGAGGAGAAAAAGGAGCGAAAAGAGGCCAGUGCGCAUCGCGUUUUGGGGGCUGCGGAUGAGACGUCGAACCCGGCGGCCGGGCUCGAGGCGGUGCGGCGUCUAGCCGCGAGCAAAGGCUUUGAUGCGCGUCAAUUUCUCGCGACCGAGGCGACCUCCGCGAACGAGGACGACAACAUCGUGAUUGGAGAUGCGACGAUCUUUAUCGAACGCCCGAAGAACCACCGGGUGCAGAAAUGCAGUCGACAUUUGGUGAUUUGCCGCGAUCGGGUGCGGAUCCCGCCCUACUCCUAUUUGCUCCCCCCUGAGCCGAUGUACCACACCAACAUCCGCCACGACUUUCCCUUUCACUUCAUGAACGACGCGAUUAUCUGUUUGGCGGCGCGGAGUGCACGGCUGCGGGAUGCGGCCCCCGCUCGCGAGGGCGGGCGAGAUAAAGGGGGGGGGGCGCUGCUCAAACGCCCGCGGUCCCUGGCGGGGCUUUACCAGCUCCUCCGCGGCAUCCCCACCCACACCAUCCUCCGCACGGACUUUGUCGAAGUGGAGGUGGGCACGCAGUUUGUCUGCUCAAACCGGCCCGGGGGGGAGACGGCGGCCGCCGCGGGGGAGCCUGAGGGGGAGGGCCCGAAGCCAACCCCGGACGGGCCGCCGCAGCAUCUCUUUAUUUACCACGUUUUUAUUCGCGUUUUGGGCCCGCAGGAGGGGGCGAACCCCCGACGGUGGCAUGCGCAGGUGAUGUCCCAGCAUUUGGCCGUGAUGGACCCCGCGCGGGGGGCGGUGGUGGAGAUGGUGCGGCCGGGCGUAGUGGGCAAUUUCCCCAUGUUGGCCCCGGGCGAGUCCCAUGCCUUUGAGUCCGGAACGAGCAUUGUCGGCGCGGACGCGAUCCUCCGCGGCACCAUCCAACUCAAUGCCUUUAAUGAGUUCGGCGAGAUGCGGACGCUCGACAUUGCGAUGGCUCCCACAAGGCUCUCCGUGCCGAUGAAGAAGGAUGGGCUGUCCAAAGAAGUGGCGCCCACCAAACAAUCGGCAGGCGCCACUUCCGAGGUGAGUGGUGUGAAAACCGAACCCACAACCGCGACGCGCUAA